AUGUAUUCCGAUGACCCUUCGUGUUCCGACUGUAAAUUAGAAAUUAUAGAACGAAAUUGGACUCAGUUAUUACUAGAUUGGCUAAAUAGAUGUGUGUAUCGGUCGAAAGCAGUCACCGAACUAAGUUUUCGGAGUCUGGUGGACAUUAUAGACAAAUACAAGAAUGACAUAUGUGCCGACGAUUUUAAUAAAGCAUUACUAUGUACUGAUGAUUUGGAGCCAUAUAUAGCAUAUAAAUAUCCUAUAUUACGAUUAAGGGAUCUAUACGAAGAGGCUGAGUUGCCAAAAAAGAUCUACAUCAUGACGUCAAUACUCCUCUUCCACUGCUGCACUAACUCCCAGGGGCAAGUAGAGAGUGACAUUUGCAAGGAGAUGAGAGAUGAUGAGCAGGAAAUAAUAUUAAAAUUCUGCGAAGAGUUGAGUGAUAUGGAAGUGACUGUUAAUAAUAUAAAUACAGCUAUAAAAGAAGCCUUUGAAAUGAGAAAUAGAAAUGAGACAGAAUCGAGGAUUGAGACACCAAACUCAUCAAUGCAAGUGAUGAUAUCAUCCGAAAAGAAACCAAAGCUCACCUUUAAGUCAUCUAUAACUGUUCUGCCAUCUGUAGUUACAGAGACAUCGAUGUCAAGAUCCUCAUUAGAGGGAUUUUCUGAUAUUGCCUGUUAUCCGGUAACGUACGGAAAGUUUAACACUAACCAAAUAGUGAUGUCUUCCGAUUCUAAAGAUACUGAUGUAUCGAAUUAUAAUUUGGACAUACAAAAGUCAAAAUGUCAAGAAGACUGUUCAUGCACGAAAUGCCUUACAUCAACAACUUGUUGUGGUGAUCCUGGUCGGUCUAUGGUUGAAUGCGAUCAGCCCAUGAAAAAGAUCAUCUCUCAAUGGAACUGGAAAAUAUGUAUUAUAGUUUCAAGCGCCUUUUUAUUGUCAACUCUCGUGAUCAUUCUUAGUACUAUACCACUGUGGAAGAUGAGUAAAAAACCGACAGUUGUGAAAUUAACUGAACAAAGAGGAACUGUAAUCCCAGACUGGAUGUGGCAUUGUGAUAAUAGUUUUUGUAAUAAAGUUUUUCGCCCCGCUACCAAUAUAAGCAUGUAUACUUCUAUGAGCCGUUGCAAAUUGCUAUGUUCUGGACCCCAACUUUGGCCGCAACCUAUUGGGUAUACCUUCUUUAGCAAAACAAUAGUGUCUUUAGCAACAAGUAAGCUGGAAUAUAAAUUUCAAUCCAUACCUUCCGAUUCAGUUAACCAGUACUUAGCUGAAGCAUUUAAACUUUUCUUAAAGGAUUUAGCAAGACUCGAAAAAAUUGAUACUAAAUCACGAGAACCUCUUAAAGAACCGGUCAAAAAGAUGAUUAUACAAUUGGAUAUUGAAAGUGACUCUGAUCCGAGACUUAGGACUAAUACCGACGAAGCUUACAUGGUCAAAGUAGAUACAGAAAAACAUCAAGUUUUUAUUAAAAUCAGUGCGGUUUCCUUUUGUGGAGUUCGACAUGGCCUGGAAACAUUAAGUCAACUAAUCUUACUUGAUCAAAGUACUGGUACUCUAAUAACACUAUCUCAUACAGUUAUUAAGGAUGCACCAAGUUAUAAAUACAGAGGUGUAAUGAUAGAUACUGGAAGGAAUUAUAUACCCGUUAUAGAUUUAAUGAGAACAUUGGAUGGAAUGGCAACGUGCAAACUCAACACCUUUCAUUGGAGGAUAUCAGACGUUACAAGUUUUCCUUUGAAGUUGUCAAAAACGCCGGAACUGUUUGAGCAUGGAGGCUAUGAUAGAAGUAUGGUUUACACAAGAGAAGAUGUCAAGGCGGUGGUAAAAAGAGCUGGUAUUCGCGGUAUAAGAGUUUUGAUAGAAGUGGCUUUACCUGGUCCAGUUGGGCGACCCUGGUCUUGGCUGUCAGAUACAAGUUGUCCAACUAAAACCGAAAACUUUACUUGCAACAAUCCUUUGUGUCUAAGACUGCUGAUGACAGAAUCGGUUUUUGAUGUUUUACAAAACAUUUAUGCUGAAAUUAUUGAAUUAACGAAAGUUGAUGACAUUUUUCAUUUGAGCGAUGGAAUAUUUUCAUUGAUGCGUUGUAAUAAUUUAAUUGAAGAUAGAGAUGGAUAUCUAGAUAAAGCAUUAUUUCGUUUAAGAAUCGCAAAUAAAGGAUUCUUGCCGAAGCUACCGAUAAUUUGGUAUUCUACUCAUUUGUCACGAGAUUUUGAAGCUAAAGUUUGGGAGAAAUUAGGUGUCCAACUCUUAGAUUGGACCCAAAAUCCUUCUGAAUUUUAUUUGAGUCAAUUUAAAGUGAUACAUUCCACGAAAUGGGAUUUAUCUUGCGAGAUGAAAAAGCAACGAUGCACUAGAUAUAGAACUUGGCAAGAAAUGUACUCAUGGAAAUCGUGGAGAAAUAUUGAAGUUUUUACGAUAGAAGGUGGUGAGGCCGUCUUGUGGACUGAUUUGGUUGAUACUGGUAACAUAGACGAACAUUUGUGGCCGCGAGCGGCAGCUGUGGCGGAGAGGCUGUGGUCAGAUAUGGUUGCAAACUCUAGCGCAACCAAAUUUGUCUACCUUAGGCUUGAUACACAUCGGUGGCGUAUGCUACUUCACGGUGUCAAAGUUAAACCAAUCUGGCCGGCCUGGUGUAGCUUCAACCCUGGCAUAUGUUUAGAAAGAAUUCCUUAA